AUGAUUAUCUUAUCAUGGAAAAAUACCCGUGAAGAAGAAGCAAUCCAAAUAGAAGAUGACGAAUCAGAUUUGGACAUUAUGCUAUUAAUGUUGGACAAUAUAGCUAGAGCUACUGUGAAAGAUGUCAAUCGUAUUGAACGCCCUCUUCGUCGACCGAUUACUAACAUUGGCUAUGCUUACAUUCAAAAGGCUCUCAAGGAGGAACCUGAGCACUUUCGAUCGUUAUAUCGUAUGUAUCCAACAUCAUUUGAGAAGCUAUGUGAUCUUAUUAGAACCAAGACAUCUCUACAAGACACCCGCAACAUAUGCGUUGAAGAAAUGGUGGCUACGUUUCUUCUCACCAUUGGUCAAAGUUCAAAAUGUUGUUAUACAAUCGACACAUUUAAGAGAUCAGUAUUUGCGACAAACGAGAAUUUUCAUAAGGUUCUAAAAGCUUCAAAUACCAUGGCGCCAGAUUUAAUGGCGAGACCUGGAGUCACAACAUGUGCAAAGAUAAGAGAGAGCACAAGAUUUUAUCCCUAUUUUAAGUUAGUUUUAGCUUGUGCUGGAUUACAUAAUUUUUUAAGGCAACAAUGUCGAUCAGAUGCUUUUCUUGAAGAAGUGGUCAACGUAAACAAUGAAAAAGAUACUGAUUCUGAAGAAAAUGGAAAUAUAGGCAUCCUUGAUACUCAACAAAGAGAGUAUGCUAAUAAUUGGAGAAAUGAGAUAGCUUCUAAAAUGUGGGCAGAUGCUGUGGGAACUGGAAGUCAACGUUGA